AAAAAAAAAAUGUUCAAAGAAGAAUUUGUAAAAUUAGAAUUUUUGUUUAUCACACUUUUUUUUUUUUUUGUUUAUUCAAAAGACCUUUCAAUGGCCUCAUUUUAAAGACCCCAUUCAAUGGCUUGACGAGCCAUUUCAUUUUCUUUCCCAUGUUGUCAUAAGUUGGGGCAGGAGAUCUUGCUUGUAUAGCAAAUGCUGUCUUGUUUUAUAAUAGGUAGAGACCCCUCAUUUUAAUUUUUGCUUCCUAAAAUGAUGGUUGGUUUAUCCUAAAAAUAAAAAAGACCGGUUAUUGUCAGAAGGGUUUUUGAAAGACUUUUGGCGUUAGCGUUUUAUGAGACAUAAGCAUGUUUACAAUAAAGUGUGCCAUUAAAUAUGUUGUCAAAAAAAUAAAAAACUUAAGACGAUUAAGUAAGUGAAAUUUUAUGUGUAAUCUAAAUAACUUUUGAUUUGAUAUCCAAAUGUGUGCAUAUUAAAGAUUUUUUUUCCUAAAAUAUUUUCAUAUGGCAAACUGUCCCUCUGAUAAAAAGUAAGGAAAAUGUUUGCUUACCACUCCUUAUUAAAUCAAAAGUGAAAGCAGACAGAAAUUGUUACCUUCAUUUUCCCUUUCUCUUAAGUCACUACACUAACUUGUGACUGCAGGACUUUCCAGAAUUUACUAAAAAACAGUUCAUACAUGAACCUGAGCCAUUCACAGAUACUCACCUGAGACUGGACACACACCCUUCACAUCUUCGUCUGUUCGGAAAACUCAAGCAAUGAGUGCGGGUGCUAAUAGGAAGAUGAGUACAACCGCUACACGGCGUCUGAAGCAGGAUUACCUCAGGAUCAGGAAAGAGCCCGUGCCUUACAUCUGCGCUGAACCUCUGCCCUCCGAUAUACUGGAAUGGCAUUUUAUUGUUCGUGGACCUGAGAAAACCCCUUAUGAGGGUGGUUACUAUCAUGGCAAAUUGAUAUUCCCUCAAGAUUUUCCUUUCAAGCCACCUAGUAUUUAUAUGAUAACCCCUAAUGGGAGAUUCAUGUGCAACACACGGCUGUGUCUCUCCAUUAGUGAUUUCCAUCCUGACACGUGGAAUCCCGCUUGGUCUGUUUCUACCAUACUCACCGCACUGCUGAGCUUCAUGGUGGAAAACAUCCCCACUCUGGGAAGCAUAGAGACGUCUGACUUCACCAAAAGAGAGCUGUCUGCGCAGAGCUUGACCUACAACCUGAAGGACAGAGUUUUCUGUGAGCUGUUUCCUGAGGUUGUGGAGGAGAUCAAGGUGAAGCAAAGGACUCAGAAAGACCUAAGUGUGGGAAUACAGCCUUGCUGGGCUCCAGAUUUGAGGCCUAGAGAUGAAGACGUUGGUGUUCUUCCUCAUAACGGUCAUGUGGCCCGAUGACCGCCAGCACGUCACCAGCCAAAGCUCGGGGGAGCACUCGCAAACAUGUGUGUUAUAGCUGGUUUGGUUGUCUGUGUGUACACAGUCAGGUUUGUGCUUCAUCAUAUAGGCCAGGACUGAAAACUGACUAUAGUGACGUGACCUGUAAGCUCUUUCUUAGGUGUCACUCUUUCUUUUAACCAAAGUGAACUGUUCAGAACACUAAACAUGAUGCAACCUUGGGGUAAUGCAAUGAUAAUCCAAGGUUUUCUGAAGUUGGCUUUGAGUGAAAGGUACUUUGAAGUGAAACGGGGCAAUGUCUUGUCUUCUGUGACAUGGCAGAGGAGAUCUUGAUUGAUGGGCCAGACCAGUUCAAAUGAAGAAUCAACUGCCAGCAGUGUUUCUGUUUAGCCCCUCAUUAUCUGUGUCACAGAUCGUUCGCAUCCUGUUUAUUUUUAAUUCAGGGCUUUGCACUUUCAUAACAGUCACGCCAUGCCAAAUUCUGCUUUCAAAAUCAUUUCCCAACACUUAUGGCUUGCUUAACAAGAAUUUUUUUUUUGUUUUGUUUUUCCUUGUAAAUUCUUUGUAAAACCCUACAGUCCGACAUGAAUAAGUAUGUGAUUGCAAAAUUAUUUAUUAUUUUUCUUUACUAAUUUAUACUAGUCAAUAUAUAUGAGAUUUUUAUAAUAAAAUAAUAUUCUUUCUUUUUUUGUAAAAAAAAGUACGUUUUGGUAAGGGGUUUAACUGUAUGAUUACAUUCAUAUCGGUCUUUAUGUAUUUAUAAAUACUUAUUUUAUAUCUAUUUUAUAAUCUCUGUUUUUUAUCAGUAUUUCCGUAUUGAAUUGGUAUUGUGUAAAUGAACAUGUUUAAAGAACAUUCAAAUAAAUAACUGGAUUAGUGAUUCAUUAUAAAAAUGCCAAGGUUGUCUGUUAUCUUCCAU